UUUAAAUUACUUUAAAUGUAUUAAGGUUGUUGUUGCCAGACAGCUUUGUCUGAGUGUUUUAGAAACUUCCUAUCAAACUUUCUGUUCCCACUUCUCCUCUUACUUCUGGUGUUCCUCAGAGCUUAGUCCUUGGGCAGCUUGGUUUCAUCUUGUGCCAUUUUAACCUUUGGUUCCUCUGCUAGGCAAAUGACAUCCUGCUCUAAAUAAAUCUGCAAACAAGAGUCAUCAAAGAAGAACUUAAACACGAUGGUGUUUUUUUUAUCUAGAUGGAUAUUUUUGAACGACACCCAGCUAACCGAAUCCAUGGGGAUAUUUUAUAAUCUCCAGCUAUUUGCAAAUAAAUUUUCCAAAUACUUAUAUUUAAAUACAUAGAUCUGGGAACUUUGUAGUUAACUGUCAUGGCAGUUGCUAUGACAACAAUAAAUAAGCUACAGGCUUAGAGCUAGCUCUCGGCUCAUUCUUAUUAACUUAUGAACAAUAUAACAACUAUUACUCAAUUACAGUAUGUGAGUUCUCUACCCACCUCUGUGUAAUACUGAGAUAAUUAUCAGUGAUAUUUGUACUUAGUAGCAAAAUUAGCUUAGCUAAUGUAGCUUUUAUCUGCUAGCUAAGACGGACAUGUAGCCUGUUUGUUACUGCAUGUACUCUGCCAGUCACCAGAACCUUGUUGUUACAUCCUUUAUAAAUCCGUUUAAAUACGGAUCGUUUGCAUCCAUGGAUUUCUGUGAAGCUCCUCCAUGGUAUAAACACUCUUCAUGUUCAUUAAAUAGUGAACUAUGUCAUAGCAGGAGAUCAGAGGCAGAUUGUCCACAUCGUCUGACAUGUUUCCAUUCUCUGCCUCAUGCGGGUCGAUACCAACAGCAGCCAUUUUGUUGAUAUGUCUUUUUCUUGCACAUUGGUUAAGAGUCCCCAUAAACCUUCUUUUUGUUGGUCUUGAGGCCAUGGUUCAUCUAUACUUUGCACUGACCUUGCCUACCAAGAUGGCGCCAUUUAGACUUGUAGGAACUAUGUAUAGUUUUCUACACAUAGAAAAUGACUUUAAUUGUUUCAUUGUUGCCAGCUACGAUUAGCAGCACUUGCUAAUAUUGUUUCUCUCUUGCAUUUUACGCACACAAGCAUUAUGCAAGUAGAGAUUAUGAGAUAUUAUGUAUUACAAGUUUAAUUUGAAAAGAACUAGAAGAAAAAGAAAAUUACUACAGUCUUUAUGUGUAAGACGGCCAUGUUGGAUUUCGAAGUACAUUUAUGGGCAUCUGUUCCCUCAUUUCCUUUCUUUUUUUUACUUUUUGAAAUAUAAUCAACAAUCUUAAAGCAAUAUUUUGCUAUUUGGUUUUGUAUUUUUGUGACCAAAGGAUCAGUUUCCUAUUUAUUUGCAUCAAGAUAAACAAAAACAUUCAGGUAUUUUAAGCAGGUAAGAUAAACUCGAGACAUUUUUCUAAACUCAAAGAAAAAAAAAACAUCCAGUUUAUUAUUUGUUCCCUUGUGUAAAAUGAGUAACACAGAAACAGGCACAUUUUUUGGCAGCUAAAUAUAUUAGGGAACAUGUAGUGAAUCACAGAGAUCUGAUUUAUGCAGAAAAUAAAUUAGAUGCCCAGAAGAUGGAAAAACAAGCUGACAUGUCAUCAGUGUGCGUCAUUGUUCAGUGAAGAUGUAAAAAAACAAGUUUUAAAAAAAAAAAUAAAAGUAUAUUAAGUUGGAGAGAGACGGUUGUGGUUAGGAAAGCAUUGAGUAUAUUUUAUUUUUAUUCAGAACUAAGAAAAUUGCGCUGAUUACAUGAAGUAAUAAUAAUAAAAAUAUAUCUCAAAAUGUUUAUUUUAUUAAUAUGACUAGAGUAAAAUAUAGCUUCAUAUUGAAGAUUUUUAAUGUUAACUUAGACAUUUGAUUAUCAAUUUAAAGUUAUUGGGCUUCAAGGCUUCAAUUUAGAUGUUUUGAAACUAUUUGGUAGAUUUUAUUAUUGAAUCCUGUUGGCAUGACUUCCUCCAAAAACCUCAUUUUCUCUGGAGCUUUUUAAGCUGGUUUAAUUCUGUAUUGCACAAAGGCUGACAUUUUCCAAGCAUUAAAGGCUGGCGUGAUCCGGCAGGUUGUUAGUAAAAGCCUUGUCUUUCCAGGAAACCUGUUGCUUUUUCACUGCAGUCUGAAAGUUUUCUAAUUGCUCCUCCAAUCUAUAUCUCUUGAGAACAUUCAACAGAUUUCUUUAGUGUUUUUAAAACACACACACAAUCAUAACGCGGCUCUCUGUAGAGCAGAUCUUCAAUACAAACAGCAGUAAACAUAAUGAGAUCUGAUGGAGUUCAUCCGCUUUGAGCUAGCUGUCACAACAAUCGCAGUCAGGAGAGGAAAGCUGUCGGGAAAUAAAGCACCAAAAUGAUCAAUAGUUCAUAUUUUUUAUUUUAUUCUUGUAAAGGAGCUCAGUAAAAGGAGUAACCUGUGAUCCUGUUGUUACCUUUCAGGUAACUCAGUUUGACAAGAGUCAGUUUUUACUGCUGUUCUCCAGACAAAAUGGCUGCCUGGAGAAAUUAUAGUUGUUGGGAUUUUCAGAAUAUAGAAUAAAAUAAAGAAAAGGAAUUUGUGUUGAUCUCAGUUCUUGAUUCUUCCUCCAACAAAGCAUAUGUGGGGUCAGACACUAAUGUGGGACAAGAAGACCUGGCUAGCUAAUUGUUUCCACCAAAAUUAGUCUCUGAUGUGUCAGGUUGUGGAAACCACUCACAAACGCUUAAUUUGUGAAUUGUUCCCAGUGUAACAAGUGGAAGACGAAGUGUUUCCCCACAAAGAAGGACGUAGUUCUAAUUAGCUCUUUAAACCUGAAUAAGGUUGAUUUUGUGAUGCUAUAAAUAAAGAAAAAUCCUAUUUUGUUGUUACGUUGACCACUCUGUUGAGGGUAAACAGACCGUUGAAAUUGAACAAGUUGCUAACCACUUAGCAUUAGCUGCUAAGAAUCUAGUAGCAGCUGAAAUAGAAAUCUGUACAGCUGUAUUUAUUAAUAGGUUCUCUUUGUUGCUUUGAAAUCUAUUCAAUAUAUAUCCUAAAUUAUUCCACAGAUCGUUGGAUAUGGGUCGGAUUUAUCUGCUGUAAAACAUAACCUUUGUUGAGACUCUUCACUGCAAAAACAGAAAGUCUUACCAAGAAUUUUUUUUUAUCUAGUUUCUAGUGCAGAUAUCUUGGUACACUUGAAAUAAGACAAAAUUAACUUACAUAUAGCUUUUAAGCAAGAUGUAGGCACUUAUUUUAAGUCAAAUAUUCCUUAAUAUCCUUAAUAUUCCAUUGGGAAAUUAUUUCACUUAUAAAAUGGAAAAAAUCUCCUGUUAUAAGUGAAAUAAUCUGCAGAUGGAACUAGAACUUUUUCAUCAAUAUUAAGGAAUUACUGACUUAAAACAAACUCCUAUAUUGCUGAAAAGGUACUUGUAAGUUAGUAUUGUCGUAUUUCAAGAGUGCUAAGUAAUUUGCAUUGGCCAUACAGUAAUGCAUGUUAGUGUCUAUUUUUUGCUAAGAUUAAAUUAAUAAUUCAGAUGUAUUCAGAGAACAUAACCCAAGUUUAUUCCUCCUGUUAGAACCGAUUUUAUAAUAAGUAUAAUAAGUGAUAUAGUAAUUAAAAGCAGUGUUGGUUUCUGCACAUCACUAAUUGAAAAUACGAACAAGCUUCUUCUAUAAUAAUCAUCCAGCAGCUGAAUGAUUAUUAUUUAUUCAUUCAUAAACCAAAUAAAAUAAAAUAAUAGUUUUACUCUCUUCAGUCCGGAAAAGUUUCAAACAUGGCAACAAAUUCGUUUCAAUGACAAAACCUUGAGUAAUGCGUCAGCCUAAACUUUGCUCCUCCUACACCUCCCACUUUAUCUGUGAGGGUGGGAUGGGCUGAGGGUGUGUGUGUGUGGGUGUGGGUGUGUGUGCGGUAGUACAUAAGCAGAGGGAGAGAAAGUGAGACCAGGAUAAGACCACAGUGGCUGAGAAGUGAUGAUCGGUCACACAGCCAGCCGCUGCACUCUGCUGCUCUGAAUCCGACUGAUUAAUUUCCACCCUUUCACCGUUUCUCCUCCACUUUUCUUCCUCACGUCGUUUCACUGAAACCAGAGCAACAGGAUUGUUUUUGGUGCUUGAGGAGGAGCUGAAAGAUGAAAAUGGGAAAAAGAAACAGCUGAGAUAAUCCUGGACCGCUCCAAACAUUCCUAAACUGAAUCGUUUUCUGCUGCUUUUCAUCGGCUUCGUCAGUUUCCUCCUCAGCUUCUUCAUGGACAGAGUUUUCAUGCGCAUGAAGCUGCCAGGAUACAUCAUGGACUAAGAACAUGGACAACAGAAAUUUACCAAACAAAAUCAUAGAAUCAGUUAUAAAGAAAGGUGACACUUAUCCAAAUCUUAACCCAUUCAGGACUGGCUGUAACAAAGAGAAGAAGUAAAGAUGAACUCCACGGCUCAGCAAGGCUUGAUCCCAUGCUACCUGAACAGGAGCCUGUGCCUGGGAACUCUGCCAGAGAAAGACGUUUCCGGAGAGAAGAAGGAUUCCUCUGCUGGCUGCUACGAGCAGCUGCCGAUUUCCACCGAGGUCUUCCUCACUUUGGGCAUCAUCAGCCUGCUGGAGAACAUCCUGGUGAUCGCCGCCAUCAUCAAGAACAAGAACCUCCAUUCCCCGAUGUACUUCUUCAUCUGUAGCCUGGCGGUCGCUGACAUGCUGGUCAGCGUCUCCAACGCCUCGGAGACGAUCGUCAUAGAGCUGAUCAACAGCGGCAGCCUCACCAUCCCCGUCACGUUAAUCAAAAGCAUGGACAACGUGUUCGACUCCAUGAUCUGCAGUUCUCUGCUCGCCUCCAUCUGCAGCUUGCUCGCCAUCGCCAUCGACCGCUACAUCACCAUCUUCUACGCCCUACGGUACCACAACAUCGUCACCAUCCGGCGGGCGUUGCUGGUCAUCGCCAGCAUCUGGACGUGCUGCACCGUCUCUGGCAUCCUGUUCAUCAUCUACUCAGAGAGCACCAUGGUGCUCAUCUGCCUCAUCACCAUGUUCUUCACCAUGCUGGUCCUCAUGGCGUCGCUCUACGUUCACAUGUUCCUGCUGGCGCGCCAGCACAUGAAGCGCAUCGGUGCCCUGCCGGGCAACGCGCCCAUCCAGCAGCGCGCCAACAUGAAGGGCGCCAUCACCCUCACCAUCCUGCUGGGGGUGUUUGUGGUGUGCUGGGCGCCCUUCUUUCUGCACCUCAUCCUGAUGAUCACCUGCCCCAGGAACCCCUACUGCACCUGCUUCAUGUCGCACUUCAACAUGUACCUCAUCCUCAUCAUGUGCAACUCCAUCAUCGACCCCAUCAUCUACGCUUUCCGCAGCCAGGAGAUGAGGAAGACCUUUAAGGAGAUCUUCUGCUGCUCAUAGGCUCUCUGGUGUAUUAGCUUUCUGUGAGACGCUCCAGGUAGUUCAUCUGUAAUCCGUGUGCAGUGCAAAGCGGGGUUGAUUAGACGGUUGGCUAACAGAGGAUUUGUCUGCAGUCCACAAUGUUGUGAAUCUAAAAGGAUGAAGAGCCUGAAAUGUCAGUUUUGCAGCAGCACAGAUUGAAAAUGCUUCGGCAUAUGAUGUUUUUAAAGCACAUUAGACAGCUAAGAAUGAGAUAAGAGACUAACUUUGUUACAACUGAGAUUACUUUAUGUCUCCAUUGGUUUUUGAACAUGGAACCAUUGGGGUAGGACUUUAUAGCAUCGCCACAUAAGGUGAUAUGACAUUACUCUUAACUGUAAUCAUAAUAUUUACUUAUAAGGUGAUCAUACCUUAUAAGGCAACCACAGUAUUGCAUUAUAAAGCAAUCAUUACAUUAUAAUUAUAACUUACCCUUAUAAGGUAAUCCUGCAAUCACAACUCUGUCUUAUAAGGCGAGUUUUUCUCUUUAAAUUAAUCACACCAUUGAUUUCUGAGGCAACCAUAACUUUGCCUUAUGAUGUAAUCAAGGAUAAAAAUAAUGCCUUAAAAGGUAAUCAUACCAUUGUUUACUGACACAACCAUGAUAUUGCCAUAAAAGGAGGCCUAUUGCUUCAUAAGGUUAUCAUAGCAUUACUGUACAUAGCUGUCAAAGACAUUUUUAGGCAAUGAUAACAUUAAUGUAUAUGUCAAUGAAGAGGCUAAAGAAAGAAAGAGGAUUGUAAUUCUGUUUACCAAAGGGGUGAAUCUGUGUGAUGACAUCUUGCUGCUGAUGUUUUUGAAUAAAUUUAAACUCUACAACAUUAUUCAUGAAGUUCAUGUUAGAGCUAAACCAACAUGGAAGCUAAUUCUGUAGCGCUAAAGCUAAAAACAAUAAAAUACUGCAGAAUUACACUAUGCUAUGUUUAGCGUUUUAUCACUGAGUCGACCAAUCACGGAUUGUCACACGACACAUUGUAAGCCAAUAGCGUCCCUUCAUCGUCGACCAAUCACGCCCUCUCUUGUACUCGCUUUAUUUUUUUUCAUUUUUGGUCACCUUUAUUCAACUGAAAGUUUACAAAACAGCCAAAUAAAUUAGUGUUUUAAAACUUAAUUCAGUUAAAGGAAGCUAGGUGUGCUAAAUGUUUGCAAGUUUAGCAAAGGCGCUAAACAAAAUAUUAGCUCUGCUAUUAAUAGCAGAGCUAAUUAUAAUGUGAUUGUGCUAAUUGAUAUGCGCUAAUUAGCACAUUAGCAGGUUAGUGGAAGUAUACCCACCGCUUUGAUUUCAUCACAGCACAAAUUUCAAAAACAGUAUUGGUCUCUUUCCAGCACAAAUCAGCUAAACUUUAUUACAAAACUAUUUUCUUUUAUAGCAGACUUUCAGUACCAAAUAAGAAUUGUUUACUUCAAACCCUCAGGCAAAAAAGUAAUGUCAUUAAGUUAAAAGUUGUCAAAGAAAGUUCAAUAUUGCACAAUGUUGAGCUAAAAAAAUAAUCUGAAAUAUUUGAUGGCACCAUUCACAGGUUCAAACAGGGUAAAAAAAAAAUCUGCUUGUUUCUCAUCUACGCUCUUGUAAGUUUGUGUAAGUAUUUGUGUAAAUUUGCACAUUUGAGUUAUUCACACUGGCACCUUUAAGCAUGUGGUUAUAAGUAAGUCUAUUUUUCAGUGUGUUUGUGUGAAAGGGAGGAGUAUAAUUAAUGUAGGUUUUCUCUGUGUGUCUGACCUGCUGCUUUUUUAAAUCUUUGCCUUAAUGGUGUUGCACUGUGAUAUAAAAAGAAACCGUAUUCUGUAUGAAAGUGUCUCAGAAAAAAAAGAUUAUGUACAGUUUUGAUGUUUUAAGUGUUGCCUUUUUAACGUGCACCUCUGUAAACUUGAAUUGCAUUCAAACGCUCACAAAACGCACAAGAGAACAGAUGUAAACAGGGUGUCUUAUCAGCUCCGCCUGACAUGUGACUCAUGCAACUGAAAAACAUAUUUUGUAUUUUUUUUCCCAUCAGUGUGUACUGUGAAUCACUGCUGCUGUGACUUGAAUAAAUCAUAAUGCAACCUGA